AUGAUCAGAUCACUGAUGCUCGACUACAGAGGUCGGGCUGCUGCUGGUACCUUACCAGCUCACAUCCCCUGUCCCUCGGCGCUCAAGUUCCUCGCCGGGCAGCCCAACCCCUGGGGAUCCACCAGUUCGGCAGCAAUCCCACCCGCUCACAAUGCCAUCUCUUCAUCGAUCAUCCCCCUCCUCAAUCCUGGGCUCGCGCUAUCACUUCCAGCCCUCGUCUUAACUUCGGCUCCGCCGUUGAAGCGCAAGCACAAAGUCAAGCAUGACGAGAACCACAAUCCCCUCAACGUCCCACCCCUUCACGUCGGCAAUCAGCCUGCAGUCAAGGCUAAGCGCGCCAAGACCAAGGAUGCUGCAAAGACCGCCGCCCUCACACCCGCUACAUCCACCUCGUCUGCGCAGUCCUCGGUUCCGGUCGUCGCUCCCGCUCAAUCGGCUUCCUCUUCGUCCGGUCCUAUCGCCAUCCCUCUCCCGGUCUCAGCCAACGAUCACACCCAGUUCACCGUCCAACCUGCCCUAUCCAAGAAACAGGAGCGUCGUCGCAAGAAAUUAGCUGAGAUCAAGUCCUCCACCGCCAGCGCCGUCACUAGCGCCAUCGCUGGCCAGCCCGCCAUCUCCACCUCGCUCGCCAGUCAAUCAGCCAACCACUCGUCGGUCAUCCCUACCGGCUCCUCGGCCGCUGACCCCAGAGCGGCGAUCCUGGCAGAGAUCAAGCGGGUAGCGGCGGCAGAGGCCAAGGCCAUAACUCAGGCGCGCAAGGACGCUCUCCUGGCGAAGAAGUCCGAGCUAGAGAAACAGGCGGCGGAGGAGCAGGCUGUUUGGGCCGCGAAGGUGAAAGCUCAGUUGUUGGAGAAGUAUACCGCCGAGGGGGGGCGCGAGCUCGCCGGUCUUGAAGAGGACGUCGAGAUGCUCGGCGGUCGCGUUGUCCUCUUCCAGAAGGAGCCGUCUCCCUUUGACGCGGAGGGUGGUGUGAUUGGUCCAGCGGGCGAGGGGAUGGGGGAGCAGCUGGGAUUGGAGGCGGUGGGGCAUAUGGAUGAAGGACGAGGCGCCGAUGUGAUGCUCCAUGAAGAUGACGUGAUGGAAGGGGUGGAAGAGGUUCAAGUCAUUCAGGAUCAAGCCGUCGCGCGUACUCAGACAAUCAUCACUACCGACCUCAUCUCGGCCAGAACCAACCGGGAACUCAGCCCAGAUGUUGACAUGAUUGAUGACGACGCGGUGGCCGCCCCACCAAUCGCGCGCGCAGGUUCGUCGGCCGCUGUGUCGGAGAUGGGUCACAGGGUUAAGCAGGUUGUGGGAGGUAGUGGCAAGGCGAACAAGAGGGAGCUGGAGCUGGAGCUGGAGGAGCCCGGCCAGAGUAGGCCUUACAAGCGCCCCAACUGGGUCACAGCGCCCGCCGAGGUAGCGGAGGCGGUAGAGGUGGCGGAGAAGGUGAAGGUGAAGGUGGUGGUUGAGGUGGCGAAGAAGGCCAAGGUGGACAAACCGGCCAAGAAGAUCAAGGUGGCGGAGAGGGGUCUGGCGGGCAAGGUGGCGGAGCAAGUCCAGGUGGCCAAGGAAGUCAAGGUGGCUGGGAAGCGGAAGACCAUCAAGGUCACCGAUAAGGUGAAAGUCAAGGCAGGGGAUAUCCUUGAUAUGUCGGACGAAGUGAAUGUGGACGAGAUCGCAUCUGAGAAGGAGGACGACGGUAUCAUCUUCGUAUGCCAGAAGCCUGCCGAGGUCCCGUCGCGCCCUCGCGUCCCUACUGAGGUCCGCGUCGCCUCCCAGGCCGCCCAGCUCGGCAUCCCCGCGCCGGCUCUCGAAGCGCCUGGUCUCAUGCCCUUUGCUGGACCGUCGUUCGACCUCGGUAUCGAACCCGCCCUUCUUGCCUCCUAUCCCCCUCCGGUCCCUGCUGCCGAGGUGCCGGCUGCGCUGCCUCUCCCUCUCCCUCCCGCGCCCGUCUCCCCAGCUGCCCAGCGAGACGUACUCGUCCCAGCUCGAGAGUUCCGCGAGACGUUAAGGCCGCCCCCUGGCGAUACCAUCCAAGAGAGGCUGCGGUUUAUGGAGAGCCUGUACCUUGCUCGUGGAGGUGCGGACGAGGAGGAGAAGCAGAAGGAUGUCGCUCCUGGUAAGCGCAAGCCAAGGUUCCGGACGCUCUCACAGGAAGAGUUCUACGGUCACGGGCGCUCGGACGGGACAAUGACGUACCACAAUAUGUGCGCCGAGCCGCCUGCACGUAAGAAGAGGACCGGGGCGGGCUUCAAGAAGCCGAAGCAGAGGAAGCCGAAGCGGAGCGGGGGCGCCAAGGGGAAGAAUUAG